CCGUCCAACACAAAUAUACUCAAAGCGUAGCCCGACGAAAACAAGGAAGUAACGAGUACAAAAAGACGAGGAACUUUGAGUAAACCUUAUAUUUAUAGUCAUAUAAACGCAGAAUUCGGUCUGUUUAAAUUCUCGUCCCCUAGAAUAUAUUAUCUACAGUGAAGAACAAUGAACAACAAAGGUUCAUAUCCACAAUCUGUUUACCCUCAGCAGAGCACAGCACCCGUCUAUCCACCUGCUAUGCAAGUCCCUCCUCAGGUGUCUCCAUAUCCAGAUGCCCCUCCCCCAUACUCUGAGGUUUAUCAGGCCAGGUAUAUGGCUCCUCCCCCAGCCCCUGGACAGAUGCCCCAAAUGACCUCAGCUUACCAUGGUACUCAGAUGUACAUGCCCAUGCAUGCUCAGACUGUGCCAAUGGGGGCCAUGGGCCAUAGUGUCCCAAUGGCAUAUUAUCCAAUGGGGCCCGUCUACCCCACUGGUUCCACCGUCAUGGUGGAAGGUGGAUUUGAUGCUGGAGCUCGCUUUGGGCCUGGCACCAGUACUUCCAUUCCUCCUCCACCUCCUGGACACCUCCCUAACGCGGCUCAGAUGGCAGCCAUGCAAGGUGCAAAUGUGAUGAUGACACAACGAAAGGGCAACUUUUUCAUGGGUGGCUCCAGUGGCGGUUACACCAUCUGGUAACAGUGAGCACCCCCCUGGGCCUGGACCGAAGCCCUCCUUCCUUCUCCCUGGUUCCCUUUACCUGUUCUCCCACCCCUGCCUCCUUUGGGGCUGCUUGGCUAAGCCACAAUACUGAUUUAAUCUAAUGGAAUGUAAUAUUUUAGAGCCCCUUACUCAAGGUACAAUACGCCACUGUUGAAAUAAUUGUGUAAUAUCGCAAUUACAAAAUGUAUAACACAAUUAUUGCGUAUUCACAAUUAAAAAGCGCAUGAUAAUUGUAAGUCGGAACUUCUAGUGAUCAUAUGUCAUCUACCAUAAUUAUCGGUUGGCUAAUUUAGAGAGUAAACAACUUUGAAGGUGAAGACCAGGUCAUUUUUACCUUUACUGACUCUUACAACUUCAUUUUUACAGUACAUUUUCUAGUUUUUGGUUGUCUUCUUGAGCCAGAGAUCAUGCCAAGAGAACUGCCAAGAGUCAGUUUGAUCAUCUUUGUAAAGUAGCUAUGCACUUGAAACUUUCUCUUUGAAUAGUAAGCUUAACUACACGCCUUUCAUUCAUAUUAUUAAGGUCUUGUCAGAUAGGUAAAAUGCUGAUUUAAGCACUCUUAAUCAAAGAGAAAGAUGUGUUUACAACGUCAAACAACGGCGGCGUAUCGUACCUUUGGGCAAGCUUAUAUAAAUAUUAUCAGGUGCCAAAACUGCACCAUUAUUUAAAAUUUACAUAUGAAUGAACCUAAAUGCAGUAAAAGAGAGAGAGAGAACCAGAUUAACUAAACCGUUUCAGAAAAGUAGGACCCCCCCCCCCCCCCCCCCCAAUAUUUUCCCUCCAAUGUCGGAUACCCAGAGCUGUACAUAUAGCAGUUUCACUUAGUUUAGCGUGUGUUAUGUGUGUUCCAGCUAUAUGUGCUUCUACGCAAAACUCUUAGCGUUUUCCACAAAGGUGAAGUUGUUUACAGAGGUCAGGGCUUAAUCAAGAGACAACUUAAUUUCAGUAUUUUAAACGAUUUGGCACAUCAAGGGUUUUCUUUUUUGUGUGUGUGUUUGUGGGAAGCUGCUUGUACCAAAGAUCUGGACUAGAAUGCACUAAAAGCUUUUUGCUUUUUUUGUAAGUCUUCUGUCAUAGUACAUCUGCACACAGAUUCAUACUGAAAUUAAUAAACAUAUCAUACUUAGAUGAUGGUGAUUGCUUUCCGGGCAGAGCAAACCACUGCUGUGACUGCAUUUUCUAGGGGCUGUGUUUUAAAAAUAUAUAAAUGUUUCCUAGUUGCAUCUUGAUGUUUCUGCAUGUACUUUUCAGUAGUUUUGUUCUUAAUAAAGACUUUUCAUUGUUACAUUUUUAA